AUGGCCAUGAGUACAAGACGACAAACGGAAUGCUUAGGACUGACGAUACACAUGGUGAGGGAAGGAAAGAGGGAGGGAAAAAACCAAGACAACGUAUUUCCUCUUCCUGUACUGAAUGCAAGAGAAGAAAACAAAAGAAACACACAACGACAACAAACAAAUUUGGAAAAUGCGAACUUUCAAGAUGCUCGCAAUGUAUCCAUAAAAGCCGAAAACGAAGAACACGGAUUCAACUCGACAAGAAGCCUUGUAUUAGACCCCAGGCUUUGGGAUGGUUCGGUGGUAUCGGGCCCGGCGACGAAUUUUCCUGAGCAUGAGAGACUAACAUAUCCUGUACUACCAAGUCAGCCAGAAGAAGCAAAUGCCGUUGAGAAAUAUGAUUAUAGCCAUUCGACAUGUCCAGGUUUUGAAAACCUGAGUUCCGGGUUCGAAUACGAGGACGACGAGAUAUCAGGACUGUUUCGAGUGCAUUCGCAAAACCCAUAUUAUCAAUAUGAUAUCCACUCGAAUCAUCCACACAACUUGGUCUUUAAUGAAAAGGUUGGAGAUGUUGCCGUCGAGCGCCUGUAUUCUCUUCCAAUCGAGCCGACGCGUCGCAACGCGGAGCUUUUUCACUUCUUUCUGCAGAAGCUUGCUCCGUUUAUGUCAAGCAUUGACGGUACCGACCCGCCAGAAAAGUUUAUGGCGCAAUGGAUUCCUUUCAUGAUCCAAUCUCCAAUGGUUGUCUACCUUUGCAUCCUAUCGGCGGCAUAUUGUCAAGCCGCAGCAAGCGGUAUUGAUGUUGAGAAAUCUGUAGACGUAGUGACCACUAAAGUAAAGCUUAUCACUAUGAUCAACGAGCAUAUUACAACGAGCAGCAGAGGAGUCGACGAUGGGGCAAUUGCAGCGGUGAUGUCUUUGGCUUAUAAUGAGCUUGUGUAUUCGGAUACACGAAGUACCAAUGCACACAUGACUGGUGUGCGGGAUAUGCUCAAGUGUCGAGGUGGAAUAGAAAGCAUCCAGGUCCCAGUGCUGAGAAUGAUGUUGAUGAGAACAGAUUUACAAAUCGCCUGUACCUUGGAGUGCGAUCCGAUCGUACAAGGCGCUCAAGAACCGGUCGAGAUCUCCAGAACGUUUCAAUCACAGUUCAACAGCCCCUUCUUACUGUCCAAGACCACUUUCCAGGAAUUUGCCGCGGAGAGUGAAAUCAGUGAGGCAGGAGUCAAGGUCCUAGAUGACACCCGCUUUAUUACUGCGUCGAUGCUAUCUCUUGGUAGAGCUCAAGACCAAAACCAGGCUCGCAUCAAGUUUCAGACAACAGUCCAAUGGAUCCAUGAUCGCUUGAUGGCUGAUAAAGAGGCCGCUGUUUCCAACGACACGAUGUAUCAAACUUGUAGAGCCGCAGCAUUAAUCUUCACCUCAGCAAUUCUCGAACGAAAGCCCUUGUCUGCGGCAUGCACCGAGUCUCUUUUCCUGGAAGUAUGGAAAACAAUGUGGCGUGUGCCACUCUCGCGUUGGAAGCAAAUACCUGGUGUAUUUCUUUUCGUACUCCUGGUCGUGAACCCUUUCACACGCUCUCGACCGGAAGGUCGGCUCAUCAAGGGAAUGUUGGCUCCUAGCAUUAUUGCCAUAGGUUUUGUUGACUGGGAGGUUGUCGCCGCGAUAUUAACAGCUUUCCUUGGGGUCCAAAAGUGGCUUGGUGGCAACGAUGAAGUGAGUCUCUUCCAGGAGAACAGACUUGCAGUCUCUCGGGCUUUACAUGAGAGCCAGCCUCAGUCUGACUGGGCGCUGACCAGAUAG